UGACAUUACUGAUAACACAAAUUGUUCUGCGUGUAUUCUGCUGACUUUUUUCCUCAAUCAAUCGGCAGAAAAAUUUACAUUUUGGUAGAAAGUCUACAUUAAAGCAUCCUUUUCAUUGCAAUGAAUACCUAGUGUUUAUAGUGUAUGUUCGAUGUUUGGAACAGUAAUGAAUUGAAUUCACGAUAACUCCGAAGUUUUCGCAAUUUUCCAUUACCCUGUGUAACUAAGUUCUAGACAAAAUUAUGAUGGCUUUAUUUCGACAAAAACGCAUUAGAAGCAUCACAAAAGAUGACUUCUGGGUGAUAUUUGCCUUUGUUGUACUUCUAAAUGGUACCAAUCUAAAGUUAAAGACAUUUGCGAAAGGAACCGCUUCGGAUGAUCAUCCCAGCACGCCGGAUGAACAGCAGCAACAACUCCAACCACAGGAAAUAAAAUGCCCUCAUAUGAUGAAGCAAAUAUUUGAUGGAUAUGCUCCAAUUGGCGGUCGAGAAGCUGGCAAUUAUACCGAGUACAGCGGAGCCAGCUCUUUGAAACCAUGUGUACAUCAAUGCUGUGCCAAGGGUGACGGUUGUAAUACGGCAUUCAUGUUUAACAAAACUUGUUACCAUGUGCGCUGCCUAAGCAAUGAAUUGUGCCUGCCAGCGAAAAAGAAAAAUUUAUCGACACCGCUACAAAUGGUAUUGGUAAAUCCAGUUGGCACUGUUGGAGAUGGCAUGGCCGACGGAUGGUGGGAAAUACUUAAAAACGCCAAUCCGCAGGAAAGCAGACAUGCGGAACCCGGUGAUAGUAGCAUGGUUUCCGAAGGAGACAGCAUUUUGAAGAAACUGAAAAACAUUUACAAUCUGGGACGGAACCGUGAAGAUAUAGUGGAUGGAGUUUACAAUACACCCCUGAAACAGCUGGCUGAUUAUGACUUUGGGAAAUACUCUGGGAAUUAUCUUAAUGAUCAGUACGAUGAUAUGCUUAUAGACGAAACAAAGCUAUAUCCAGAAGAUAAGGCCUUAUCAACCGUCACUUGCGAAGUUGGAAAUGACAGUACUUGUCCAAAGAAUGAGCUCUGCGUUCGAUUGACCGAGUCUGUUACAGGGUUAUGUGUGUGUCCGGAACACUUCGAGAGAAAUAAUAAAAACGCUUGCAUGAAAUCAAAACAAAUCGUACCACAAACAUUGACAGCUCAGAAACUCAUCAUGAACAAUAUUCAUAGCGAGGCAGGUGAAAUAGAUGAAGGCAACCAGGAACCGAAAAAAUUAACAGUAUCGGUAGUUUCCAAAGAUGUUCGUUUGCCAGACAACGAAGCCGUUUUGUCGGCAUACGUUAUUCCUGAUGAGGCCACAAGCGGAGACAAAUACACAUACUCAUGGUCUUUGAUUUCGCAACCGUCUAAAGGCGAUAGUAAUGCCACAAUCACAGAUCAAACUAAGCCUCAAGCAAAGUUAUCCAAACUCACAGCGGGUUUGUAUCGAUUUAAAGUAACUGUUACUGGUCAAAAUGGCUGGUAUGGUGAAGCCUAUCCGAACAUUACAGUCUUACCAGAACAGAAAAUUAACAAAGCUCCUGAAGUUAGCAUUACCCCUGCUGAACAAACUGUUAAACUGCCCAAUCAAGAAGCAAUCCUUGACGGAAGUGCUUCUAAGGAUGAUGAUAAAAUCGUUACCUGGCAAUGGGAGCUUGUGCAAGGUCCGUUGGGCUAUCAAGCGGAAUUGCCGGCCGUCGCUACCCUGCAGCUUAAAAACCUCACCAUUCCUGGCAAGUACACCUUCAAACUGACAGUGAUCGAUUCAGAGAAGUUAUCCAGCAGUGCUACAGCCACUAUAGAAGUUUUAAAAGAGAUUGAUUAUCCGCCGGAAGCGAACGCCGGACAGAAUGUUAUUCUAUAUCUGCCAAACAAUAAUGUGACACUUAAUGGUUCGUUGAGUAAGGAUGACCACGAGAUUGUCGCUUGGGAGUGGACCAAAGCCAGCACAGAUCAAUCAAAAGCAGUAGACAUGCAGAACACAAGAACACCCUACCUGCAACUGUCCAAUUUGGAAGAAGGUGUAUACGCGUUUGAGCUUAAAGUAACGGAUGCUAAAAACCAAAGCAGCACUUCUACCGUGCACGUUUUUGUGAAAAUGCCAACCAAUAUGCCACCUGUUGCCAAUGCAGGGUCCAAUUAUACUGUCGUUCUACCGCAAAACUGGGCUAUACUGAAUGGAACCAGCUCUAAGGAUGACAUGAAAAUUACAAGCUGGAACUGGCGACAGAUAAGCGGUCCUAGUACGGCUUUGAUGCUAAACGGAAACAGCUCGCUUGCCAAUGCAACAUCGUUAACAAUUGGGGAGUAUAUAUUCGAAUUAACCGUUGGCGACGAGGUUAACAAUAACGCCAGUGAUCGUGUAAAGAUUACCGUAGUGCAGGAACGAAAUACAGCCCCAGUAGCAAAUGCUGGGGGAGAUCAGAGUGUCACAUUACCUACCAAUGCUAUUGUGCUGAAUGGUACUCGUUCGUACGACGACUUGGGUAUUGCCAACUAUAGCUGGACGCGUGAAUCUGGUAGCUUGGCUAUUGGAACUAUCGUAGAUAAAAGUGAUCGCAAACCUGUGCUAAUAUUAACAAACAUCGUUCCUGGAAGGUACGUGUUCAAACUAACGGUUACUGAUGGCCAAGGAUUAUCAGGCACCGAUACCGUUAGUGUCAUCGUUCAUCCAGAUCCACUCGUAAUGAAUCUGGUCGAACUGACGCUAACAAUGGAAGCAAUUGUUUUGACUCAAUCGGAAUUGGACUCAUUGCAACAGAAGCUCGUUCUUCUGAUAGGAGACAACACUGCACAGCUGCACAUUCGCGAGUUGAAAAUCGAGCAUAGAACCGGUCAAGUUGUAAUCGUAUUUUACGUUGAGAAAAACGAGGGCAAAGAAAACUCCCAAAUAAUGCCAGCGCUGGAGGUUGAAAAAAUACUCAAGGAAAAGUUUUGGCGGGAUUAUACUAUUUUGGGUACUUCGGUAGCCGAGAUUCGCACUACAAUCUGCCAAAACUCCUGCUCGGGACAUGGAGUUUGUAAUGCAGAAACUAGGGAUUGCAUGUGCCAGAGUUUCUGGAUGCCCGACAUUUUCUUCUUCUGGGGUGUUGCAGAAGCGAAUUGUGAUUGGUCGAUUCUCUACGUCAUUAUCGGAGUUUUUAUAAUGUUUCUAAUACUAUCUGGCAUUUGCUGGGGCAUCACGUGUCUAUGCCGAAGGCCUGCUAAACCUCGUGUUAGAAGCAAAACACAAAAAUAUUCAUUGUUGGGAACGCAUGAAGACGAGCUGCCGUCAUUCAACCGCACCGGAACAGCACUGUCAGACUCCGAGACUGAUUCGGAUGUUUUGUUCGAGAGCCGCUCGAAGCAUAAUGGCGUCCCGGGACGUGUUCCCAGCGGUCUGCCGAACGGAGAGGUUCGAAAUGGCCAUGCUAAGUACAGCACCACUCGCCUUGGUCGACGGAUCAAAACCUAGAUUCGUACUGCGCACACGUUUCUCACGGUAAGUCAAACUCUACCUGCCUCUAUUGGCACAAAUGCGCUUUUGUGAAGGAUCGACUGUACCAAUUGAAGAGGUAUUGUAGCUUUCAAAGUUUUAGAAAUGAUAUGGAAAGGCAUUGUACUGAUUAGUUUUGAAUUUAGCGUAACUAAUCAAAUAACCUGUGUUGCUUUUGUUCCUUUAGCUAUAUGACUUGGGAGAUACACUAAAAAAACAAAGCUACCGUAUGGAAUGGUAUGAAUUUGUUCAGUGAAUAAGAUAAAUAAUGUGAUUUAAAGAAGCCAUCGAGUAAACAUUAAACACGUACUUACUUAUUAUUAGCAUUAUAAUUAGUUUGAAGUUGAUAGUUCAACUUCAUAAAAAUACAUUCCCAUCACUCUUGACAUGUAAUCACGUAAAAAUCAGCAAUGCAUUUCAACAUCCACUAACAAACGUUGUAAAUUUUAGUAUUGGUUUUGUGUUUUAGUAUUACAGAACAUGUUAUUGAAACUGUAUGUGAUAAACAAGAAGGAUAACGACCUCAGUUAUCCCAAUACUUUACAAACAAUGAUUUAGAACCCCUAUUUUAUGUAUCUAUGUGUAAUGAAAGCCUACAUAUUCUAGUCCGAGAGCAGUUUGUUAGGUGAUACCUACUAUUGAACGCAAAUCUAUUUACGUACGCAACAAUCACAUAGUUUGUAAUAUAUUGUUUGCCGCGCAGAUCGGGUUGACUUUGUACGUUCGCGCGAUGUUUAUAUUUGUUCGCAGCCCUUUUCCACUAACUAAAGUGUGGUUAAAUAAACGAAGCGGUUUUAAAGUAAAAAGAAGUAAAACAGAGUAAACACGUUUAGUAUUACCAAUAAAGUAAAAUUCUAACAAACUGAAGGAUAAUAACAUAUUUUUUUUGGUACGCCACAAAUAAAACUGAUAUAGAGCAAAUA